CCCAUCCAGGAGUCCAACAGCACCAGCUAUUCUGUAAUGACCUUUACUUUCUGAUGGGAUUUACCCACUUUGUGUGUUUGAUCUGCAGCACUGUGGAUUCACUUUGACAUCUGUGGAUAAAGCAGAUAUAUCGACAUGAGCAGUGAUGCGGAGAUGGCCCAGUACGGGCCAGCAGCCGUAUUUCUCCGUAAACCUGAAAAGGAGCGAAUCGAGGCUCAGAACAAACCAUUCGACGCAAAAUCAGCCUGCUUCGUACCUGAAGAAAAGGAACUGUACAUCAAAGGUGUUAUCCAGAGCAGAGAUGGGGACAAAGUCACCGUAAAGACCGAAGCAGGAGCUACUGUAGUCGUUAAUAAGGAUGACUGCCAUCAAAUGAAUCCCCCAAAGUACGACAAGAUCGAGGACAUGGCCAUGAUGACCUACCUCAAUGAGCCCUCUGUGCUGUUUAAUCUCAAAGAGCGUUACGCAGCGUGGAUGAUUUAUACCUAUUCUGGGCUAUUCUGUGUAACCGUGAAUCCAUACAAGUGGCUCCCUGUGUACGACCCGGUGGUGGUGUCGGCCUACAGAGGAAAAAAGCGCAUGGAGGCCCCCCCUCAUAUUUUCUCCGUAUCUGAUAAUGGCUAUCAAAAUAUGCUGACAGAUCGUGAGAACCAGUCUGUCCUGAUCACUGGAGAAUCUGGUGCAGGAAAGACGGUGAACACCAAGCGUGUCAUCCAGUACUUUGCAACAAUUGCAGUGUCUGGUGGCGGGCAGGAAAAGAAAGAGCAGACUGGUGGCAAAGUGCAGGGAACGCUGGAAGAUCAAAUCAUUUCAGCCAAUCCUCUGCUGGAGGCUUUUGGGAAUGCCAAGACUGUGAGGAAUGACAAUUCUUCAAGAUUUGGUAAAUUCAUCAGGAUUCACUUUGGAACAACUGGGAAACUCUCUUCUGCUGAUAUUGAAGCCUAUUUGCUGGAAAAGUCAAGAGUGACAUUCCAGCUGUCAAAUGAGAGAGGCUACCACAUCUUCUAUCAGAUCAUGACCGGCCACAAGCCGGAGCUCAUUGAAAUGCUUCUCAUUACAACCAAUCCAUAUGACUUUCCCAUGAUAAGUCAGGGGCAGAUCACUGUGGCCAGUAUUGACGAUAAAGAAGAGCUCAUCGCUACAGAUACUGCUAUUGAUAUCUUGGGCUUCAGCAAUGAAGAAAAAUUGUCCAUCUACAAGCUCACCGGCGCUGUGAUGCAUUAUGGGAACAUGAAGUUCAAGCAGAAGCAGCGCGAGGAGCAGGCUGAGCCUGACGGCACUGAGGUGGCGGACAAAGUUGCGUUCCUCAUGUCGCUGAACUCUGCCGACCUGCUGAAAGCCUUUUGCUACCCCAGAGUGAAAGUGGGCAAUGAAUUCGUCACCAAGGGCCAGACUGUCCCCCAGGUGCUUAAUGCAGUCGGUGCCCUUGCAAAGUCUGUAUAUGAGAAGAUGUUCUUCUGGAUGGUCUAUCGAAUCAAUGAAAUGUUGGAUACAAAGCAGCCAAGACAGUUCUACAUUGGAGUGUUGGACAUCGCUGGAUUUGAAAUCUUUGAUUUCAACAGCUUGGAGCAACUCUGCAUUAAUUUCACCAAUGAGAAACUGCAACAGUUUUUCAAUCACCACAUGUUUGUGUUGGAACAAGAGGAAUACAAGAAGGAAGGCAUUGACUGGGAGUUCAUUGAUUUUGGAAUGGACCUGGCAGCCUGCAUUGAGUUGAUAGAGAAGCCAAUGGGGAUUUUUUCCAUCCUUGAAGAGGAAUGUAUGUUCCCCAAGUCCUCAGACACAACUUUUACGAACAAACUCCAUGACCAACAUCUUGGAAAAUCAGCUGCUUUCCAAAAGCCCAAGAUGGUCAAAGGCAAACCUGAGGCUCAUUUCACCCUGGUACACUACGCAGGAUCAGUAGACUACAACAUCACUGGCUGGCUGGAAAAGAACAAAGAUCCUCUGAAUGAGUCUGUGGUGCAGCUUUACCAAAAGUCUUCAAUGAAAUUGUUGUCUCUUCUGUAUGCAUCAUUUUCUGGCAGUGAAGAUUCAGGUGAUAAAGGUGGCAAGAAAGGUGCAAAGAAGAAGGGCGGCUCUUUCCAGACUUUAUCUGCUGUUUUCAGGGAAAAUCUUGGAAAACUAAUGACCAACUUGAGGAGCACCCACCCUCACUUUGUGCGCUGUCUCAUCCCCAAUGAGAUUAAAAAACCAGGUAUCAUGGAAAAUCAUUUGGUCAUCCAUCAGCUACGCUGCAACGGCGUCUUGGAGGGCAUCAGGAUUUGCAGGAAGGGAUUCCCCAGCAGGAUCCUGUAUGCUGAUUUCAAGCAGAGAUACAGAAUCCUGAAUGCCAGCGCUAUCCCAGAGGGUCAGUUUAUUGAUGGGAAAAAAGCUUCAGAGAAGCUUCUAGGCUCGAUUGACAUUGACCACACACAGUACCGAUUUGGCCACACAAAGGUUUUCUUCAAAGCAGGCCUGCUUGGCACUUUGGAGGAGCUCCGAGAUGAGAAACUGGCUUCUCUCGUGACACAGACCCAAGCAGUGUGUCGCGGCUAUCUCAUGAGAAAACAAUACACCCGUUUAAUUGAACAAAGAGAUGCCCUCUGGACUCUGCAGUAUAACCUGCGUUCAUUCAUGAAUGUGAAACACUGGCCUUGGCUGAAGCUGUUCUUCAAAAUAAAGCCACUCCUAAAGAGUGCCGAAACAGAAAAGGAAAUGGCCAGCAUGAAAGAGGAGUUCAUCAAAUGUAAGGAGGACCUGCUGAAGUCAGAGACGAGGAGAAAAGAGCUAGAAGAGAAAAUGGUGACGUUGCUGCAAGAGAAGAAUGACCUGCUCCUGCAAGUGCAGACUGAGGCUGAAAAUCUUGGUGAUGCAGAGGAAAGAUGUGAGGGCCUGAUCAAAAGCAAAAUCCAGCUUGAGGCAAAACUCAAAGAGGUGUCUGAAAGACUGGAGGAUGAAGAGGAAAUCAACGCUGAGCUAACAGCCAAGAAGCGGAAGCUUGAAGACGAGUGCUCUGAACUUAAAAAAGACAUUGAUGACCUUGAGAUCACAUUGGCAAAAGUUGAGAAAGAGAAACACGCCAUAGAGAAUAAGGUUAAAAAUCUGGUGGAGGAGAUUGCUAGUCAAGAUGAAAACAUUGGUAAACUGACCAAAGAGAAGAAAGCCCUUCAAGAAGCCCACCAGCAAACACUGGAUGAUCUUCAAGUUGAAGAAGACAAAGUCAAUUCUCUGACAAAAGCAAAAGCAAAGCUUGAGCAGCAAGUGGAUGAUCUGGAGAGUUCAUUGGAGCAAGAGAAGAAGAUCCGCAUGGAUCUUGAAAGAGCCAAGAGGAAGCUUGAGGGUGAUGUGAAACUUUCUCAAGAAUCCAUAAUGGAUCUGGAGAAUGACAAACAACAAGCUGAGGAGAGAAUUAAAAAGAAAGAUUUUGAUAAUAACCAGUUGGCCAGCAAGAUUUCAGAUGAACAAUCAAUGAGCGCCCAGCUUCAAAAGAAGAUGAAGGAGCUCCAUGCUCGUAUUGAAGAACUAGAGGAAGAAGUUGAGGCUGAACGUGCAGUUCGAGGCAAAAUAGAGAAGCAGAGGUCUGAGCUCGCUAGGGAAAUUGAGGAGAUCAGCGAGAGACUAGAGGAAGCUGGAGGAGCAACCACGGCUCAGAUUGAGAUCAACAAGAAGCGUGAAGCGGAGUUCAUCAAGUUACGGCGCGACCUGGAGGAGUCCACGUUACAUCAUGAAGCCAUGGUUGCUGGUCUGCGCAAAAAGCAGGCGGACAGUAUGGCUGAGUUAGGAGAACAGAUUGAGAACCUCCAAAGAAUCAAACAGAAGCUGGAAAAGGAAAAGAGUGAGUACAAAAUGGAAAUUGACGAUUUGGGGAGCAACAUGGAAGCCGUUGCAAAAGCGAAGAUUGUCCUGGAGAAGACGUGUCGUUCACUUGAAGAUCAGGUUGUGGAAAUGAGGGCAAAAACUGAAGAGAACACGCGACAAAUCGCUGAUCUCUCCACUCACAAGGCCCGCUUACAAACAGAGAAUGGUGAGUUGACCCGACAGAUGGAAGAGAGAGAGAGUCUUAUUUCCCAGCUGACACGAGCAAAGCAGGGAUUCAGCACACAAAUCGAAGAGCUGAAAAGACUGACUGAAGAGGAAACAAAGGCUAAGAACGCUUUGGCUCACAGUUUGCAGUCAGCUCGUCAUGACUGUGAUCUCCUUCGUGAGCAGUAUGAGGAGGAGCAGGAGGCCAAAGCUGAGCUGCAGCGCGCGCUGUCCAAAGCCAACACCGAGGUGGCUGUUUGGAGAAACAAAUAUGAAACCGACGCCAUCCAUCGGACCGAAGAGCUGGAAGAGGCAAAGAAAAAGCUUGCACAGCGCCUCCAAGAGGCUGAAGAACAAGUUGAAGCUGUGAAUUCCAAAUGUGCUUCACUGGAGAAAACCAAACAGCGACUCAAUAACGAGAUGGAGGAUCUCAUGGUUGACGUAGAACGGUCCAACAGCAUAGCAGCCAAUCUUGACAAGAAACAAAGAAGCUUUGACAAGGUUAUUGCUGACUGGAAACAAAGAUUUGAGGAGUCUCAGGCAGAGCUCGAAGGAGCCCAGAAGGAAUCCCGAGCUUUGAGUACUGAACUUUUCAAACUGAAGAACUUGUACGAGGAAGCUCUCGAUCAACUAGAGACGAUGAAACGGGAAAAUAAAAACCUGCAACAGGAGAUUACAGAUCUGACAGAGCAACUUGGAGAAAGUGGAAAAACAGUCCAUGAACUGGAGAAAUUUAAAAAGCAGAUGGAGACGGAAAAGUCAGAUAUCCAAGUGGCGCUAGAAGAAGCUGAGGCUUCCUUGGAACAAGAGGAAACCAAGAUCCUGCGUAUACAAAUGGAGCUGAGCCAGGUGAAGGGUGAAGUGGACCGCAAAAUAGCAGAGAAAGAUGAGGAGAUUGAGCAGAUUAAGAGGAACAACCAAAGAGUGGUUGACUCCAUGCAGUCCGCUCUGGACGCUGAGGUCCGGAGCCGGAAUGAUGCCCUGAGAGUUAAGAAGAAGAUGGAGGGAGACCUCAAUGAGAUGGAGAUUCAGCUGAGCCACUCGAACAGGCAGGCAGCCGAGGCUCAGAAGCAGCUCAGAAAUAUUCAGGCACAACUCAAGGAUUCCCAGCUCCACCUUGAUGACUCACUUCAGAUACAGGAUGAGAUGAAGGAGCAGGUCGCAGUGAUGGAGCGUCGAACAAACUUGAUGCAGUCUGAGAUUGAAGAGCUUCGAGCCGUGGUGGAGCAGACAGAGCGAAGUCGUAAAAUGGCUGAGCAGGAGCUGGUUGAUGCCAGUGAGCGCGCCGGCCUUCUGCAUUCUCAGAACAACAGUCUUUUGAACACCAAGAAGAAAAUGGAAACAGAUUUAAUUCAGCUUCAAGGAGAAAUAGAAGAUACCGUUCAGGAGUCCAGGAAUGCAGAGGAGAAGGCCAAGAAAGCCAUUACUGAUGCCGCCAUGAUGGCUGAAGAGCUGAGGAAAGAGCAGGACACCAGUGCUCACCUGGAGAGGAUGAAGAAGAACCUGGAGGUGACGGUCAAAGACCUGCAGCACCGCUUAAAUGAGGCUGAAAAUCUGGCUAUGAAAGGUGGAAAGAAACAGUUGCAGAAACUGGAGGGUCGGGUACGUGAGCUGGAAAAUGAGCUGGAGUCUGAACAGAAACGUUCUGUGGACGCAAUCAAAGGAGUCCGUAAAUAUGAACGGAAGAUCAAAGAGCUCACUUACCAGUCUGAAGAAGAGAAGAAGAACAAUGCUCGACUGCAGGAUUUGGUGGACAAACUCCAGCUCAAAAUGAAAUCCUACAAACGACACGCUGAAGAGGCUGAGGAGCAGUCUAACGUGCACAUGACCAGGGCCAGGAAGCUCCAGCACGAGCUGGAAGAGUCCGAGGAGAGGGCUGACAUCGCUGAAUCAAUGGCCAACAAGCUGAGAGCCAAGAGCCGUGAAAUUGGAUCAAAGGUCCCAGAGGCACAAGCCGAGUAGUGGAAAAGCAGACAAGACGAGGCCUGUUUAAACGCUGACACAGACAAAUGUUGACACAUGGCUGCAUAAUAACAUGUUAUUACUCCUUAGUUACUUAAAUCAAAGACUCAUCUGUCAUAAAACUGAACUACAGCAUGUUACAAGUGCACAAAAAUAUAACCCAGUCUGAAAUCUGAAUUUGGAUUCAGUUUUGAGCAGCGGCUGAGUCGCUCACAUAUCCUGUGACCUUUAUGAAGAUGCACUAAUUUGGGAUAUAAUGACAAAAAAUAUCAGCAUUUUUAAAAGUAAAUGUAGCAGUAUUCAACAAAAAGAUACUGAACACUAGAUCACUGCCUAAUUUAAGCUGCUUAUCUUUCUGAGCAUAAUAUUUAAUUAUUUACAGCAUUUAUAGAAUUAAUUCAUAAA